GCGGAACAUCUCCCCCGGUCACCGCGCCCGGCACCGCCGCUCCGCCAAGGCGCAUGCGCCGCCGCCGGGCGGGCCCCUCCGCCCCCCUGUCUCUAUGGUGGCGGCGGGUCUCCUCUGCACACUCGUCUCUAUAGUGGCACCUCCGAGAGGCUCCUCUCUGUCCCGCCGUCUCGAUGGUGGCGCCGCCGCCAUGUUGCGGCCGCCCCGCCGCUUCUUCCCGCCUCGCCGCGCCGCAGCCACCGGUACCGGUACCGGGCUCGACCGGCGCCUCCUGCUCUCCACUCCCAUAUUCUACGCUAACGGGCCGCCGCACAUCGGCCAUCUCUAUUCCGCCUUGUUGGCCGACGCUCUACACCGAUACCGCGGCCUCCGCGGCGCCGGCCCGGGCCGCCUCUCCACAGGGACCGACGAGCACGGGCUGAAGAUCCAGCAGGCCGCGGCCGCAGCGGGGACGUCGCCCCCGGAGCUCUGCGAGCGGAUCUCGGGGCUCUUCCGCCAGACCCUGACCCAGGCCGCCGUCUCCUUCACCGAGUUCACCCGCACCAGCCAGCCCCGCCACCAGCGAGCCGUGCGGCGCUUCUGGGGGGCCCUGCGCGAUGCCGGGGCGCUCUACAAAGGCUCCUACGAGGGCUGGUACUGCACCCCCGAGGAGAGCUUCCUGCCCGAGAGCCAGCUGGCCGAGAGCAGGGAUGCCCAGGGACGCCUCUGCAAGGUCUCUGCGGAGAGCGGCCAUCAGGUGCACUGGACCAAAGAGGAGAAUUACAUGUUCAGGCUCUCAGCCUUCCGGGACCCUCUGCGGGAGUGGCUGCGGGACAACCCCCGGGCAGUGUCCCCGGAGCCCUUCUACCAGCGGGUGCUGCUCUGGCUGGAGGAGGACUUGCCGGACCUGUCGGUCUCCCGGGAGAGAAGCCGCCUGCCCUGGGGCAUCCCGGUCCCGGGUGACCCCACACAAACCAUUUACGUCUGGGUGGACGCCUUGGUGAACUACCUGAGCGCGGUGGGCUACCCCGAGGAGCACGGGGGCUGGUGGCCCGCAGCCCACCACGUGGUGGGCAAGGACAUCCUCAGGUUCCACGCUGUCUACUGGCCGGCGCUGCUGAUGGCAGCGGGGCGCCCCCCCCAGCGGGUCCUUGUGCAUUCCCACUGGACUGUCCGUGGGCAGAAGAUGUCCAAGAGCCUGGGCAACGUGGUCGACCCGGUGGGCUGCAUGGGGCAGUACACGGUGGACGGGUUCCGGUACUUCCUGCUGCGGCAGGGCGUGCCCGAGAGGGACUGUGACUAUUACCACGAGAAGGUGGUGAAGGUGGUGAACUCCGAGCUGGCAGAUGCCCUGGGGGGGCUGCUCAAGUUCCACGGCCCCAACAUCAACCCCAGCAACACCUUCCCACCUUUCUCCCAGUCCUGUUUUCCAAAGGUCUCGGAUUACAGGGAGACGGGAGGCAGGGGGAGGGCUUCGGCUGAAGACUACGAGUUCCUGGCAUCAGUGGCUUCUCUGCCGCUGCAGGUGGCUACUUAUUUUGAGGGUUUCCAGAUCUACAAAGCUUUAGAGUGCAUUGCCCUGUGCGUCAGGCAGACCAACAGCUUCUUCCAGAGACACCAGCCCUGGAAGCUGAACCGUCAGGACCCCUCGGAGAAGCUGUGGCUGGACACCAUCCUGCACGUCACGCUGGAGUGCCUGCGUGUCUACGGGACCCUCCUGCAGCCUGUGGUCCCACACACUGCUGACAAGCUGCUCUCCAGGCUGGCUGUGCAGCCCCAGGAGAGGGGACUCUCAGGUCUGGUGUUCCUGCCACGCUACCACGGGAAGCCCUGUCCCUUUGAAGGGAGAGGACUUGGAGAGGACAGCGGCCUCUUGUUCCACAGGCUGGAGAAGGCAAAGCACCAGCGGGUGGGAAGCAGGGAGCUCUAGUCUGACAGGCCAAUAAAACCCCCUGCAGCUCCUGGAA